AUGUCUGAGUUUGAUCCAGUUUCUGACUUUCUUGCUCGUGAACAGGAAGCCCUUGGGGAUUUAGGUGAUGAUUUCAAGCUAAAUGAAGAUACCUCAACUUUCUCACUGAAUAAUUUAGAUACCGAGGUUCGCUCAGGUGAACCAGUCUCUGAUGCUAGUUAUGUAUUUCUUAAUGGACAAUCGACAAUGAAUGGCUCUCAUUUUGACCAUAAUUUGACUGAACCUGAUUGUAGAGCUAACAACUGUGUUCAUGAUUUCGAUACAAUUGUAUCAUCUGACAGUAAUGUUGGUGGGACCGAGUCUUGGCGGGAGGAGUUCGAAAAAAGAAUUAAAGCCAAAGAUACUGAAGAAGAAAAAAAAUGUGCUGAGUUGAUGGAAACAGGAAAAAAGGAGUUAAAUGAUUGGUACAAAAAUUAUCACCAGAAAUUAGAAACAAGAUCUCGUGAAUUGCGUGAGAAAAAACAUGAUUCAAAUGGUCAUUGCAUGAAUGGGGAUGGUAGUAAGCCAUCUGUGAAAGAUACAGCCGUUUGGGAGAGUAUUUGCAAUUUAUGUGAUUUUCAAUCCAAACAAAAAACUGCAAUUGAUACGUCAAGAAUGCGUGGUAUCUUACUCUCUCUUAAACCAAACAAUUAA